AAGUUGCUGAACCACUCAUCCGCCAACAACUUGGGCUUCAACAAACAAUCCACCGGCGGCACCGCGGACAGAGAGCUCCCGCCGACCCAUGGCAGGCUCCGGCGCCAGCGACGACGAGGUCGUCCUGGAGAUCGAGCACUGCAUCCGCGUAUUCAAGAGCGGCCGCGUGGAGCGCUACUUCGGCUCCGACCCCGUCCCGGCCUCUACCGACGCCGGCACCGGCGUCGCCUCGAAAGACCGCACAAUCUCCCCCGACGUGGCCGUCCGCCUCUACCUCCCGCCCCUCGCCACGGAGGGCGUCGACGGGAAGAAGCUACCCGUCCUCGUCUACUUCCACGGCGGCGGUUUCGUCCUCCACACCGCCUUCAACGCCGUCUUCCACGCGUACCUCUCCUCCCUCGCCGCGCGCGCCCGGGCCAUCGUCGUCUCCGUCGACUACCGCCUCGCGCCCGAGCACCCCCUCCCCGCCGCCUACGACGACUCCUGGCAAGCCCUACGCUGGGUGGCGUCCCACGCCCCCGGCGGCGCCGGCGAGGAGCCCUGGCUCGCCGACCACGGCGACUUCUCCCGCCUGUCCCUCGGCGGCGAGAGCGCGGGCGCCAACAUCGCACACCACCUGGCGAUGCGCGCCGGCGCCGAGGGCCUGCCCCGCGGCGCGACCAUCAGCGGCGGCAUCGUGCUGGUCCACCCCUACUUCCUGGGCCACGGCAAGGUGCCCUCCGAGGACAGCGACCCCGUGAUGGCCGAGAACGUGGUGAAGAUGUGGCGCGUGGUGUGCCCCCAGACCACGGGCGUCGACGACCCGUGGAUCAACCCGCUGGCCGCCGGCGCGCCGACGAUGCGCGGGCUGGCGUGCCGGCGCGCGCUCGUGUGCCUCGCGGAGACGGACGUGGUCCGCGACCGCGGCCGCGCGUACUGCGAUGGGCUCAAGGCGAGCGGGUGGGCUGGGGAGGUGGAGCUGCUCGAGGUGGCCGGGCAGGGCCACUGCUUCCAUCUCGUCGACUUCACCUGCGACGAUGCCGUCAGGCAGGACGACGCCAUUGCCAGGUUCCUGAAUCUGUAGAACAAUAUCUCGCGGACACGGGCAUUUUCAGACCGCAUGUUGUCUGAACUUGUGUAUUUUUGUUGUUGAUGCAUCUGGGGAAGAAGAUUGAUCGCGAUGAUAUACAGCGUUACCUGAUU